UGUGCUGUCAGGUAGCCCCAGCAGCACUGAAGAAACUUUCCUCCUGCUGAUGAUGACAACUUUCAACCUAUUCUAACUCUCACACCUCCACCUCCAUCAUGGCCUGUGCGGACCGGGACGUGGCCCUGGAGACGGCUCCUCUCACGGCCCUGAACGUGAAGGUGCGGACCCGGCUCGGGCUCUUCCUGAACCCGAGGAACACCGUGGCCCCGGACUGGACGGCCCUGGCGGAGGAGGCCGGCUUCACCUACCUGGAGAUCAAGAACUUCGAGGCUCGUCGGAACCCCACGGCCGUGGUGCUGGACGAGUGGACGGCCCGCUCCCCGGACGCCACCGUGGGGAAGCUCCUGGUCCUACUGGAGAAGCUGGAGAGAAACGACAUCCUGGAGGAUCUGCGCUGCGCCAUCGUGGAGGACGUCAGGAGGUACCGUGAGAAGGAGGCUGAACGCCCACUCCAGGUUCCUGAGGUCGACAGCUGCGUCCCUCGCACCCCCGACAGAAUUGGCCUCACCCUAGAGGACGACCCCGACGGUGUUCCCGAGCUGUUUGACGCCUUCAUCUGCUACUGCCAGAGCGACAUUGAGUUUGUCCACGAGAUGAUCCGUGAGCUGGAGCAGACCGACUGCAAGCUGAAACUGUGUGUGUUCGACCGAGACGUGCUCCCGGGCUCCUGCGUGUGGACCAUCACCAGUGAACUCAUCGAGAAGAGGUGUAAGAGGAUGGUGGUGGUGAUAUCUGAUGAAUACCUCAACAGCGAUGCCUGUGACUUUCAGACAAAGUUUGCUCUCAGCCUCUGUCCAGGAGCCCAAAGGAAACGACUUAUCCCGGUGCUGUACAAGCCAAUGAAGAAGCCGUUCCCCAGCAUCUUGCGCUUCCUUACGGUGUGCGACUACACCCGGCCCUGCACUCAGGCCUGGUUCUGGCUUCGACUGGCCAAAGCUCUCGCUCUGCCAUAACCACGGCGCAGGCUGCCGACUGUGUUUGAAUGUGGCUUCUUAUGCCGUCAAUGAGGUUGAUGUUGGACAUUGGUAAAACAUUACAUGUUCAAGUGUGCACUGCUGCUGCUUGUGAUCAGCGUCCUGUCAGCAUGUUAAACCCGCCUGUAUUUCCUGUGUGUGCAAAAAUUCUCCGAGAGCAAAAAGCACACAGCCAUUAUUAUGAUGUUUGAGAUUGUGCCUGCCUGCCACUAUUUUGGAUUAAUGCCAGUUGUAAUGGUGAGGAGGAUCUGUUUAUAUUUAGGGCUGUAUGUGCGGAACACAGAUUAAACUCUUGUGGCCCCGGCCGCUUCCUCUUAUGAGUUAAGGUUGAGACGAGAUUGAAGCAUAAAGAGGAAGACGUGUUGUGAUGUGAUAUUUCCUCCGUGUGCAGUUCCACUGACUCCAGCCUUUCUUUCUCUGCCACGUUCUCCCUCACCGUGAUGCCUUGACUAUUGAUGUUGUAUUUUUUGAUAUUGUUCAGAAUCAUUUUAUUGAGAUUUAUUAUAUUUUAUAAAAAAAAACCUCAUGAAUUAUUAAAUCAGUGAAUAAAAGCCUAGCAGUUCCUGUGGUU